AUGCAUUUCUUCAUCCAUAUCCAUAUCAUGGCGUUUCUGCUCUCCCUUGCGCAGCUGGCUUCUGGCCAAAGUACUGAUGGCUGCGAAGUCCCUCCCGCUAUUAUCACCAACUUUACCUGGCACAAUAGCACUCACAAUUGCGGGUGUGAUGAUGGUGGUUGCCUUCCAACGGGUGUUCAUGGCGGUCCCGGCUGUGGCCCACCAGAUAUGGUGGAAGCAACAUUCUCUCAGCAAUCUCCAACAUACAAUGACACGUUGACCUGCGGCGCAUCCGACCCUGGUAGUGUUCCUGCUCGACCGAUUCCCGGUGGGCCCUUCAACUGCCGAUCACUUGGACGACGCUUUUUCUUAGCAGUGGAUGGCACUGAAGGCAGACUGACUUAUGUGGAGCCUAAUUUUAUUUGCCCGAAAGGCAGGAUACAGGUUACUUACGUUGGAUCAUUCGAGAUGGACUGCGUAUACGAUAAGUUUCGGAACUCGACUUGUGUGCAGAGUGAACCUACGUUUCAACUUCAACCGGACGAAGUCGUGGGUAUCCAGUGA